GUGACCAUCACCAUCAUUUGUUGUGCAGGAUAGAAAAGAUGCAGGGCAGGAGUUCAUCUUUUAGCCUCGGAGGGCAAACAGCUAGACCCUUUGCUAGCACGAGCACAACAAAUAAUGCUGCAACGCCAACACCUUCAUUCAGCUUUGGAGGUUCUAAUCAACCAGCCCAACAACCACAGCAGCAGCAGCAACAGCCGGCAGCGACAGGAUCUUCUUUGUUUUCCUUCGGUCAGCCACAGCAACAACAGAAUCAGCAACAGCCACAGCAACAAACAGGCGGUCUAUUUGGUAGCUCGACAAAUCAGCAAAACACUGCAACGGGAGGUCUCUUUGGCAAUAAACCACCUGCACAGCAGAAUCAGACAGGAUUCGGCUCAUCCUUGUUUGGCCAGAACCAAGCACAACAACAAUCACAACAGCAAGCAGGAGGAGGACUGUUUGGCUCAAGUACAGCAGCAGGUGCCAACAAACCAUUCUCUUUUGGAUCAACACAACCAGCUGCACAACAACAGCAACCACAGCAGCAACAAGCUUUCUCUUUUGGAGCAACAGCGCCUGCACAAAGUGGUCAACAAGGAUCAUCGCUAUUUGGGCAAUCGCAACAGAAUCCACAACAGCAAUUCCAGCAAAGUACGCAAUUUGGACAAUCAGCUGCACAGCAAAAUGCAUCGAUCCAAAUCAAUCCCAAUUCCCCUUUUGCCAAACAAGCAUACCAUCAAAAAGAGCGAUUUAACGAUCUACCUGAAGAUCAAAAGAAGUUAUUCGAAGAAAUGGAAAAGUACAUCAAUGGUCAAAUUCGUAUAAAAGAUGAACUGCAAACACGCGAAUAUGGAACGGAAAUCAAAAAGAGAAUUUCCGAAUGGAAUGAAUUGAGUAAUAAUAUCAGCAAUACACUUUUGAUCUUGCAACAGGAUGGUGAAUUGAUCAAAGGAAUCGUUGAUCAUGUUGAUAAAGAUCGCACAGAUUUGGCAACUUUAUACGAAAUUGCACGAAACUACAAGGAAGGACGAUCUGAUGGUAAACAAUGGAUCAAUUGGCCAGGUGACUUUUUCAACAAAGCUGCUGUUGAAUUCAGAACGCGGAUCAAACGAUACAGAUCGACGAUUGAGGAGAUUGAGAAGCAACUGGCGACCAUUGAUACGAGAAAUGAGCAUAGUCCUCAACUUAUCUCCGAUGCGAUCUUGCACCAACAUGCAAUCUUUAUGUCUAUGGCUUCCAACGUCGCAAAUUUGCAUGCUGAAGUUGAUCAACUUAAACGUGAUUACGUUCAGUGGUAUCAGCAACAAUACCGCUCGGUGCGAGACCCUUUUGCGAUGUCAGAACUGACUUCUACUAUCUAGAAUGUUUCAAUUGUACAAUGUAUGAGCAAAAUUUCGCUUUUGGUAUGAUACAGUGUUACUAGUAUACAUU